GGUUUGGUCUGUUUGUUUGUCUGAGCCAGGGGUGGGUGGAUGGAUGGUGAAGUAGAGAUGGGGGUUGGUGUGGAGGUAUAGCGGGCUUGGCGAAACGACAGGUACGUGAUACCAGGAUUGGAGCACAGGGCCGACGGACUAGUGCAAGGCAGAGCGACCGAGCGAUAGAGAGAGCUACACAUAUGUACAGACGGCUAGGAAACCAUGCGGCCGAGCCAGGAGAGACGGGGCCUGGACAAACGUUGAAGACGUCGUUGCGGAGCGUGCUUGUGGUGGCGAAGACGUUCAGGUUGCUGCUUGUGUCGAUCGCCACGGUGUUUGUGUUGUGCACGGUGUUCAUGAGCACGUCGGUGACGUCGCAGAUGGACGCGUUGGGGCUCGUGAGCCCGGGCACGGCGAACACGACGGGCUACUUCUCGUUCUACCGGGGCUCGCCGCCGAGCCUGAACACGAAGAGCAUGGCGUCGAUUGAGAAGCGGCUGCGGUACUUCUUCCCGUUCGACGCUGCGGGGGAGAUCGAGAACAACAUCUGGCAGUUGUGGAAGUACCGGGCGGACAACGAGAAGUUCCCGUCCAAGUGCUUCACGCACAUGGAGAGGUGGCGGGUUGCCAACUUGGAGUACAACCACAACUUGAUCACGUUGGACGAGGCGGAGCAGCAGAUCGUGGACUACUUCUCGUACGACAUGCCCGAGGUGGUGGACGCGUACUACUCGCUGAAGGACACGAGACUCAAGUACGACUUCUUGAAGUACUUGGUGGUGUUCACGAGCGGAGGCGUCUACGCGGACAUCGACACGUUGGACGCUAAGCCGCUGCGCUACUGGUACCAGUCGACGUUGAAGCCCACCAAGUUCAUGGUCGGCAUCGACGUCGACUACAACGACGUCAACUGGGACAUCUUGUACAACCGCAGGCUCACCUUCAGCACCAAGGUGUUCAGGGCGAAGUCGCACCACCCGUUUCUCGCCAAGUUGAUUGCCCGCAUUGUCUACACCUCCUACAACUCGGCCGAGGAGAUCGCCAGCAUCGACUGGAACCAGGCGUACCAGAACGUCGACUCCAACGACGAGCCACUAAUCCAGUUCACAAGCGCCUCCAUCUUCACAGACACCCUUUUCGACUACUUCAAUGACUUGAACAACCCGGUAGUGCACAGGGUCGCAAGAACAGAGAAGGACCUCAUUCCGGAACAGAUUUUCGGGCCCGAGACCUCCUCCAUCUUCAGCUACAAGCUCUUCACACUGGCCAGAGGCCCGACUCAGGUCGACGACAUCGUGGUGAUGCCGCAGUUGACGUUCAAGGGUCCAACCACCGGCUACCACAAGGGAGACCUGAAUUCCCAAUCCUACGACUCCGAGUACGACGAUGAAAACGAAAAAGACUUUUACUACUAUGCAAGGCCUCUACAUUUCUUGAGCUGGGACUCCCUGGUACAGAAUGAGAAGGACAAACAGCUGUUGUCUAACUGAUAAUCACGACUCUAUUUGCAUUCGGGACUUUGACUUUUCUCACUUUUACAUUUCCAGUGUUUGCCCAUCCUUUGGUAACAAUAAUAUCAUCA